AUGGCUUCCCAGUGGGUUAUCCGCGCGGGUGCGCUUCGACAGCUGCACGUCGGCAAUGCCUUGGCUCGUCCUACUCGCGUGAUGGAGCUGCAGAACCAGCUGCGCCAACUUUCCCUCGGCUCGCAACCUCGAUCGGCGACCCUGCAGCUUGGUCGCGUGUCUGUCUUUAGCUCGCAGCAAGUCUGUUCGUUUGCUACAGCCUCCGAUAGCCCGAAGGGCAAGGCCGGAAGGCCAAAGGGAACGAAGGGAAAGAAGGAGCUUACCGAGAAGCAGCUUGCGCAGGAGCAGAAGCGCGCUGCAUUGCAACAUAUCAGAGACCUCAAAAAGACCGCGCUCGAGGUUCCUAAGGGCCGAUCGGAGAGUGCUUACAUCCUCGCUGCGCAGCAGAAGAUUCAGGAACUCCGCCAACAGGGCCAUAAGGAGCUCGCAAUGGAAAUGAUGAAGAUCGCCGCUUCGGAGUUGAAAGCGGACCCGUCUUAUGUUGAUCGAUUCCGCACUCAGGCCGAGGAGAACAAGGUCGCGAACCGGGCCGCCUAUGAUGCAUGGCUCAAAUCGCAUACCCCUCUCGAGAUCAGAACCGCCAACUACGCUCGUAAAGCCCUGCAGCGCGAGCCUAGCGUCCGGAAGUCCUAUCCACCGCUGAAAGACGACCGACUGCCCAAGAGACCCCUCAAUGCUUGGCUUCUUUUCCUAAUGGAUCGUCGGGCCAGCGGUGAUUUCAAGCACAUGACAGUCAAGGACUCAACGAGUCAUAUCUCCGGUGAAUGGAAGCAGUUGACUGAUGCCGAGAAGAAUGUGUACCACCAGCGACAAGUGCAAGAUCACGAGCGGUAUCGACGCGAACACCUGGAGGUUUACGGGGAGGAGCCCGAGUAUUUGACCUUGACCGGACGUGAGUCGGAAGAGUAA